AAAAAAUAUUUUAAAAUCCUAUGAAAAUUCAAUACAUCCCCUAAAUAGAAGUGGUGAGGGAUAGAGAAGUGAGAGUGAAGUGAUGUAAUUAAAUGUGUGGUCGCUACAUCCAUCUGAGGAAGCAGCUCUCAACCCUGGAGCCAUUGAUGGCAUCAAACUUUGACUUUCUCAGCCUGAAGCCUUAUACGCCUCCUUCGUGGGCAUCCCACCUCGACCCUAUACCUUCUCAUAUAGUCUCUCUUGCCCAUCUUCCGACUCCAAUUCACAGAUGGAACCUUCCCAACCUGCCACCCAAUACGGAAGUGUGGCUCAAGCGCGACGACCUUUCAGGAAUGCAAUUGAGUGGAAACAAAGUAAGGAAAUUGGAGUUCUUGAUGGCCGGUGCAAUUGCUGAAGGUGCCGACUCUGUCAUUACAAUUGGAGGCAUCCAAAGCAACCAUUGUCGUGCCACUGCCGUUGCUGCUAAGUAUUUGAAUCUAGAGCCUUUCCUUAUCCUCCGCACUUCUAAGCUGCUUGUUGACCAAGAUCCGGCCCUCGUAGGCAAUCUACUCGUUGAGCGUUUGGUUGGAGCGAGCCUUCAACUUAUAUCCAAAGAAGAAUACGCACAAAUUGGAAGUGUCACACUUGCCAACCUCCUCAAACAAAAGUUGAUCAAGGAAGGGAGGAGGCCAUAUGUUAUUCCCGUUGGCGGAUCAAACUCUCUUGGAACAUGGGGCUACAUCGAGGCAAUUAGGGAAAUUGAGCUGCAAAUUCAAAGUGGAACAAGCAAUGUCAAGUUUGAUGAUAUUGUUGUGGCAUGUGGCAGUGGGGGCACAAUUGCUGGUUUAGCACUGGGUUCAUCAUUGAGUACCUUGAAAGCAAGGGUGCAUGCAUUCUCCGUUUGUGAUGACCCGGAUUACUUCCACAACUUUGUUCAAGGCUUGCUUGAUGGACUUAAAGCUGGUGUUAACUCUGGAGAUAUUGUCCACAUACAAAAUGCCAAGGGUCUUGGCUAUGCAAUGAACACUUCUGAGGAGCUUAAUUUUGUAAAAGAAGUUGCUGAAGCUACAGGUGUUGUUCUUGACCCGGUAUACAGCGGUAAGGCUGCUUAUGCAAUGCUGAAAGAUAUGAAUGAAAAUCCAAAGAAAUGGGAAGGGAGGAAGAUCCUCUUCGUACAUACGGGUGGCCUCUUAGGAUUGUAUGACAAGGUCGAUCAGCUGGCUUCUUUUGUAGGGAAUUGGGAACGAAUGGAUGUUAAUGAAUCUGUUCCCAGGCAGGAUGGAAUUGGAAAGAUGUUCUAGAGAAAGAAAGAGAAAAACUUAAAUUGGUAGCAUCUAUUUCUGUAUAUCUUGCUCCAAAUAAGUUAAAUUUUAUUGCAGUGCCAACACACUGAAUCCUGAAGUUGACAUGUGAUAAUAAAAUGCACAAAAAUAAUAGGUGGAAAUGAUAAUUUUUUUAUUAAUGUAUUUUAAAUUUCAAAAGUAUUGUAACAAUAGACUAAAUUUGAAGACUUUAUAUAAAUCCUCCAAUAUAAUUAU